GUCCCUCGGGCCCGUCCCGGGCCGGCAGCGGAUGGGCGGCCCCAGGCCGCGAGGCAGCGGGCCGGGCGGGAGCGGCAGCCCGGGCGGCGCAGGGCGCGCGUGCGCGCGCGCGGGCCUCGGCGCGGCCGGGCGGGGCGCGGGCCGGCGGGCGGGGAGGGCGCCCCGCGUCCGAGCCUCGGGCCGGGCCCUGACGCCGCGCGGCCCCGCGCCGCCAGCCCCGCGCCAUGGCGGAGACCAAGAUCAUCUACCACAUGGACGAGGAGGAGACGCCGUACCUGGUGAAGCUGCCCGUGGCGCCCGAGCGCGUCACGCUGGCCGACUUCAAGAGCGUGCUGAGCAGCCGGCCCGCGCACGCCUACAAAUUCUUCUUCAAGUCCAUGGAUCAGGACUUCGGGGUGGUGAAGGAGGAGAUCUCUGAGGACAAUGCCAAACUGCCCUGCUUCAAUGGCCGGGUGGUGUCCUGGCUGGUACUGGCUGAGGGCUCCCACUCGGAUGUGGGGUCUCAGGGCACUGACAGCCACACGGACCUCCCCCCACCCCUCGAGCGGACAGGUGGCAUCGGGGACUCCCGGCCUCCCUCCUUUCAUCCAAAUGUGGCCAGCAGCCGUGAUGGGAUGGAUAACGAGACGGGCACCGAGUCUGUGCUCAGUCAUCGGCGGGAGCGAGGCCGGCGCCGGAGCCGCGAUGAGGCGGCCCGGACCAAUGGGCACCCACGGGGGGACCGGCGGCGGGACUUGGGGCUACCCCCAGACAGCGCGUCCACUGCACUUAGCAGUGAGCUCGAGUCCAGCAGCUUCAUCGACUCUGAUGAGGAGGACAACACAAGCCGGCUGAGCAGCUCCACCGAGCAGAGUACCUCCUCCCGGCUCAUCCGGAAGCACAAGCGCCGGAGGCGGAAGCAGCGCUUGAGGCAGACAGACCGGGCGUCCUCCUUCAGCAGCAUCACUGACUCCACCAUGUCCUUGAACAUCAUCACUGUCACGCUCAACAUGGAGAGACACCACUUUCUGGGCAUCAGCAUCGUGGGCCAGAGCAAUGACCGGGGCGAUGGCGGCAUCUACAUCGGCUCCAUCAUGAAGGGCGGGGCUGUGGCCGCAGAUGGCCGCAUCGAGCCCGGAGACAUGCUGCUGCAGGUGAACGAUGUCAACUUUGAGAACAUGAGCAACGAUGAUGCCGUGCGGGUGCUGCGGGAGAUUGUGUCCCAAACAGGGCCCAUCAGCCUCACAGUGGCCAAGUGCUGGGACCCGACGCCUAGGAGCUACUUCACCAUCCCGAGGGCUGACCCCGUGCGGCCAAUUGACCCGGCUGCCUGGCUGUCGCACACGGCCGCGCUGACAGGCGCCCUGCCCCGCUACGGUACGAGCCCCUGCUCCAGCGCCGUCACCCGCACCAGCUCCUCCUCACUAACCAGCUCAGUGCCCGGCGCCCCACAGUUGGAAGACACGCCGCUGACCGUGAAGAGUGACAUGGGUGCCAUAGUGCGCGUCAUGCAGUUGCCUGACUCAGGACUGGAGAUUCGUGAUCGCAUGUGGCUCAAGAUCACCAUCGCCAAUGCCGUGAUUGGGGCAGACGUGGUGGACUGGCUGUACACACACGUGGAGGGCUUCAAGGAGCGGCGGGAGGCCAGGAAGUACGCCAGCAGCAUGCUGAAGCACGGCUUCCUGCGGCACACGGUCAACAAGAUCACCUUCUCCGAGCAGUGCUACUAUGUCUUCGGGGACCUGUGCAGCAAUCUGGCAGCCCUGAACCUCAACAGUGGCUCCAGUGGAGCCUCAGAUCAGGACACCCUGGCCCCGUUGCCCCACCCGUCUGCGCCCUGGCCCCUAGGUCAGGGCUACCCCUACCAGUACCCAGGGCCCCCGCCCUGCUUCCCACCCGCCUACCAGGACCCCGGCUUCAGCUACGGCAGCGGCAGCGCCGGAAGUCAGCAGAGUGAAGGGAGCAAAAGCAGUGGGUCCACCCGGAGCAGCCGCCGGGCCGCAGGCCGGGCCGCCGGGGCUGGGGGCAGCGGCAGUGAAUCGGAUCCCACGGUGCCAAGUGGGCCGGGCAGCACCGGCUGGCAGGAGCGCCCUGCCAGCCAGCUCAGCCGUGGCAGCAGUCCUCGCAGCCAGGCCUCCACGGUCGCCCCAGGACUCCCCCCACUACACCCCCUGACAAAGGCUUGUGCCAUAGUAGGGGGGCCCCCAGGAGGGCCGCCUGUCCGGGAGCUGGCCGCUGUCCCGCCGGAGUUGACAGGCAGCCGCCAGUCCUUUCAGAAGGCCAUGGGGAACCCCUGUGAGUUCUUCGUGGACAUCAUGUAAACAGCGGCCAGUGCCUUCAGCCCUGCCCAAAGCGGGGGAACGGAUGGUCCGUGGGCUUGCCUUAGUGGCUGUGGGGUGCUGGGACAGGGUAGGGGAGAGGGGCUGAGGGCAGCCACGCUGCUGGGAUCUGGCUUGCCUGCUGACUCCCAGGGCCUACUGGUGGAGCGGCCCUGGCCCUGCAGACCUGUCUGUGUUCUCCUGCAGGUUUGACUAGAAGCGUGACCCUCGGCAUGAGGCUGGGGCUCCCAGACCCCUGCUAGGACGAGAAAGACCCUUCUGGGCUCCAUGUUCCCCCCGUGGCCCCCCGAGCUGUAUACAAGACAGGGCCACAGACUAAGCCAGGCCCAAAUGCCUCCACCCAGUUCACUGAGGGCCUUGUCCUUCAGACCCAGGUGGGGCUCCUAGGAGUCGGAUGGAGUCCCAGGCCUCUGCUGUCCACGUGGGAUGUAACUUAUUUAUUUAUUGCUGGCCUGCCCGCUCUGGGGGUGGGGGGAGAGAUAGCCAGCCACCAGCCGGGGCAUUUUGCAUGUUCCCCUUCCCUCCUGGGACUCAGAGCAAGCAUGAGGAACAUAGGCUACGACCGAAAGACACGGGGACACAGGAGAGGGGCUGGUGACUGCACAGCGCGCCCUGGCCGUGGCUGAAGGGUGGUGUGCAGGUGCCGCGGGAGCGGGUUCUAGGGGAUGGCGGCAGCACACGAGGUCCUCAGCGGCCGCAAUUCCGGCACAUGCCGCCACCUUCCGGGGCCCGGGCACCCGCGCUGUAGAUACUCUGUCGACGUCUGAGUGUCUGGGUAGUUCCUGUAGAGCUGCUUCUGUGUAAAUGCUGCUUCUGUGUAAAUGCUAUUUUAAACACUAAAAAGCAUUUAAUUUUA